AUGGAGCCAAGCAGCACCAACCCCGGCCGCGGCCGCGUGGUCCUCUUACCGCUGCCAUACCAAGGACACAUCAACCCCAUGCUGCGCCUGGCCGCCGCGCUAGACUCCCGUGGCCUCGCGGUCACCAUCCUCCACCCAGAGACCCGCGCGCCGGACCGCCGGAAGCUCCCGGCGGAUUACCGCCUGGUCACCAUCCCGGACAACAUACCGCCGGAGCUCGCCGCGUCCGGGGACGUCGCGUCGUUCGUCUUCGCGCUGAAUAAGAACUGCGCAGCGCCGUUCCGGGACUACCUGGCCGGCGCCCUCAGGGAGGAGGAGAAGGGGGAGGACGGCCGCAUCGCCUUCGUGGUGGCCGAUGUCGACUGGUUCGCGCCGCUCUCCGUGGCCAGGGAGCUGGGCGUGGCCGCUCUGGGCCUCAUGACCAGCAGCGCCGCCAGGUUCCUGGUGUACUUGGCGUACCCAAGUCUGUGCCACAAGGGCUAUUUGCCCGUCCAAGACUCAAAUUUCAACACUGCAGUUGAGGAGCUUCCCCCCUUCUUCGUGCGAGACUUGCAUCGUGUGAUGGACAUGACUCGACACCUCGCAUACGCCGAUCUCCUCGCCCACAUCGUCGCCGGCGUGAGGCAAUCCUCCGGCCUAAUAAUCAACACGUCCGGAGACAUCGAGGGCAUGGAGAUCGAGAGAAUCCACAGCGAGAUUGCCCUCCCGGUGUUCGCCGUCGGCCCUCUGCACAUGAUGACGUCGUCUUCAUCCGUGGAGAGCAGCCUACUGACAGAAGAUCGCAGCUGCUUGGAUUGGCUGGACACACAACGGCCAAACUCUGUGCUCUAUGUAAGCUUUGGGAGCUUGGUGGGCAUCGACACAGACGAGUUCUUGGAGUUGGCCUGGGGCCUGGCCGACAGCCAGCGCCCGUUCGUGUGGGUGGUCCGGCCAAGGCUGGUGCACGGGUGCAAGUCCAGCACGCUUCCUGACGAGCUACAGGAGAAGAUAGGCAAUAGGGGUAGGAUAGUCAGCUGGGCUCCGCAGCAGGAGGUGCUGAGGCAUCCGUCUGUAGCCGCAUUCCUCACACACUGCGGAUGGAACUCGACGACAGAGAGCAUAUCAGAAGGUGUGCCGAUGAUAUGCAGACCAUUGUCCGGGGAUCAAAUGGGUACUGCCAGGUACGUGUGUGAUGUGUGGAAGGUGGGGGUUAGGGUGGAGGUGGAGAACCAGUUGAAGAGAGAGCAAGUCCAGACGGCCAUCACAAGACUCAUGGAUGGAAAGGAAGGUGAAGAGGUGAGAGAAAGAAUGAGAGAUCUGAGGCAUGUGGUGGUGAAGUGCACUAGCGAAGGUGGGACAUCUGAUGUUGCUUUGCAACGUUUAGUGGAUUCCAAUGUUUAA